GAUUCUUAUUUGAUCCUCAUAACAAUUCUUAAUUGAGUUCACUAUUAUCCCCAUUUUUUAGUUGGGAGAAAAUGAAUGCAUAGAGGGUCAGUAACUUCCUCCAGGCCAUAGGGCUGGGGGUGGCAGAAUGGUUUAUAGGCCAGUGGACUUUGAGCCAUCCCCAACCUGAUCUGUUAUUAGGACCUUCAGAGCAGUGGACCUGUUUGAUGGCUCCACUAAGCCCAGGCCUAGGUGAGGAGGAGUUAGGGGUCCUCCCUUGAGCCACAGAACCAGACACUGAUUUGGAUUACCAUUUUCUCAGUUCUCCCAUCCUGGUUACCGAGGCGUGGAGUUAGUUCAUUACAUGCGGUGGAGGUUUUAAGGCAGAGCUGUCCAAUGGAAAUGUAAUGCAAACCACGUGUGUAAUUUUAAGUUUUCUAGUAGCCACAUUAGAAAAGCAAAAAGGAACAGGUGAAAUUAAUUUAUAUAAUCUGUUCCUAACCCAAUGUAUCCAGAGUAAUACUAUUUCAAUAGAUAAUCAAUAUAAAAACUAAUAAUAUGUUUUAUGUUUUUUAUGUCAUACAAAGUUUUUGAAACCUGGUGUGCAUUUUACAAUUACAACAUACCUCAAUUUGGACUAGCUACAUUUCAGGUCAUCAAUAGCUACCUACAGCCUGUGGCUACUAUAUUGAACAGCCCAGAUACAGACAUUAAAAACAACAUCCAGAUGUAUGGUUACUAAUAUGGAAAGAGAUUCAUUUUAUGUUAAAUGGAGAAAAAAGCAAGUCAUAUAUGUUUCGUAUGCUUAUAUUUUCACAAGUCUCUAAUGUUUAUAUCUGCAAAUAGUUUAUACUGUCCAGUGGCCAUAGGUAGCCACUUAGACUACUUAAAUUUAAUAAAAUUAAAUAAAAUUAAAAAUGCAGUCCCUUAGCCACAUGUGCACAGCAGCCACUGUAUUGGAUGUCACAGACUUAGGUCAGUACUGUCUCCAAACUGCUGAACCAAGUAAGAAAAGCUGAGCUAGAGCAUAGAACCUGCUAGCCCUGUGACCAGCAGGGCUUUGUGACCAUUGAGACCCAGAGCCUUCAUAGUUUUUAAUAGUAAAGCACAGGAAAGAAGUGCAGCUGUUGUUAGAGUUUAGUAGGAGCAUAGUGCGGAAACAUAAACAGCCCUUGUCAAAGACUCUGUUCCAUUUUGGUACAACGGAAAUUAACCACCACUCACAUUGCUGGGGACUCACUCCAUAAACCUGACAUCCACAUUAGGUAUGUUCAUAUAAAAAUGUUCCUCUCUGCUUCUUCAGAACCUGCCUGAUGUCCAUGGUGGGGCUUAUGUAGCAUCGGGAAGAUAAAAUAAUUUUUUCAUAUUUGUACACAGCUUCUGUGCGGUGCCCAGAUUACGUUCAGCUCAGAUUUACACAGACUGCAGUUUGUGAACGUGCAGGAGGAGGUGGGUUGCUUAGCGCAGAGGUAGUAAAGUCAGGAGACUAGGCCAGGAGGUAUUUUGAGAGCUCUGCAGCUAUUUCAACUGCUAUUACCCAGGCCUGAGUUCCCGUACUUAAUCUGCCCCUCUUUCCGGGCUUCUUCCUCACUUGAGGGACUGGUUCUGCCUGUUUAGCUGAUCUCUAUCCAUCAAAAUGAGGGGUGUAUGAUGUGUAAGCAUCCUGCCUAAGGCCAUAGAAGGAGGUAGGAACUGCUGUGUCCCUGGGUCAGACAGGCCUAGGGUGGAGUCCAGUCUCAUGACUUCCUAACUGAGUGCCCUUGUUUAAGGCAUCUGUCCCUCUCAGAGAGGUGAGGUUCUUGUGAAAGAGAGGUAGCUGCAGAUACCUCCAGGCAAUCCUGGGAGAUGGGAUAAGCUGAGGGACAGAAGAAUAAGUGUCCCCUAAACAUAGCGGUUACUACCUUCAGCUCUGAAGAGAUUGAUGGUGGCGUAGUGUGUAUAGUCACCUACGUGGUUAUGAUUGGAACUAGCAUCUCAGGAGAAUACGAUGAUGUUUUCAGGCGAGGUAGAAUAAAUUUAUGUGCAGUCAACCCUCCCUCAUCCUUGGUGGUAGUGAUCAGUUCUAUUCUGUGGAAACCAGUAGGGACUUUCCUGCCUUGAUUCCCCGUAGUUUCAAGCUCCUCUCCCACCAAAUAUUUUACCACUCCUGAUUCUAGUAGAAUAAUUAACUUAUUUGACUUUCAUCUUCUGUUUUUCCACUCUCUCCAGUACAGUAAAGAUGCUGGUGAGUCAUAAAAUGACUGAAAGUUCCCUUGCCAAAGGAAAAAAAGAUGAUAGCUUGCAUUUAUCAUUGAUAACAUACUGUGUCCUUAUCUGAGCUCAGACAAUUUCAAUCCUUACCACUCAGGCUUCUUUAUUUGAAAGUAGCAUGUUUUAAAUUACAUGUGUAGCAAACCAAGGAACUUUUAGAAAAAUUAUUUUUCCUGAUUAGGAAAGUAAUAUAUGUGCUCAUUGAGGAUAACCUGAAAAAUAUGAAAAAAAUAGCUAAGAGAAUUUAAACCACACAUAAUUUCACUCCAGAGACAACUACGUUAACAUUUGUUAUAGUUCUGUCUUCCUAUCAAUGUUAUCACAGUUUUCUAUCCUUUUUAAAUAUUUAACAUUAUAAUGUACACCUUGCCCUGUGUAAUGAAAAUUUAUUUUAAUAUACCCUUUUAAAGGCAUGCAGAUUCUUCCACUAUAUAGUUAAGCCAUAAAUAGCUUAUCCAUUGUCUUAUUGCUAAUAUCUAGGCUCUUUAAGGGGAAGGCUUUUUACUUAGCCCCUUUAAAAGUGGGCAAAUGGGCACCUGGGGGGCUCAGUCAGUUGAGCGUCUGAUAUUUGAUUUUGGCUCAAGUCAUGAUCUUAAAGUUUGUGGGAUCGAACCCUGUGUCAGGCUCUGCGAUGACAGCAUGGAACCUGCUUCGGAUUCUCUCUCUCCCUCUCUCUCUCUGCCCCUCCCCCACUUUCUCUCUCUGUCUUUCUCUCUCUGUCUCACAAAUAAAUUAAUAAACAUUUAAAAAGGCCUAGAAGGGGUGCCUGGCUGGCUCUGUCAGUGGCGCAUGUGACUCUUGAUCAUGGGAUUCUGGGUUCAAGCCCCACAUUGGGUAUAGAGAUUACUUAAAAUCUUAAAAAUAAAUAAAUCUAAAAAAAUAAUAAAAGUGGGCAUAGAAGGUGGGACAAGAGAGGCUGGAGUAAUGGCAUUCACUGUCAGAGAUCAGAGACUGAUAACAUUGUUUCCUAUGUUCAAAGAGAAGGGCUCCUUUAUGCUGUUCCCUUGGUGCCCUUCACAGAGCUUUGGCCAUCUCCUGUGCUUACUGAGUCGGGCCAUGGUGUAGUCACCUGCACACACCUUAUUAUGCUUGCUAUUUCUUAGCAGAAAAGAAAACUAAGUUACAAAGCCGGCCUCUGCUGGAUGCUGUAAGUGUACAACCUCAUCUAAUAUUUACUGCCAUCCUGUUGGAAAGGUACGAUUUUGUAGAUAAUAAACUGAGGCCCAGAGAUGCAGCAAAGUUAGGUCACAAAACUAGUAAGGGCCAUUUGGGCUUUGAAUUGGGUCUCUGUGACUGGGAAGCCAGGCCCUUUCCCCUGGGAGACUAGUGGUUGUGGCAUGGGGAAAGAUGGGGAAGGAGCGCACAGUGUGGCUAGUCAUCAGUCGCAUCAACCUCGAGAAGGACUCCAGCAGCCUGACUUUGGGGCAGUAGCACAUGGGGGCAGGCAGAGAAGGGGCCCCAGGAGGAGGAACACUUCACUCCCAGCAAGUACUCAGGUCGUUACCAGCUUAGGGCGUGAGGGUUGAGGAGGGGGCCUCCCUCGGUUACCAGAGCCCACAUAAAAAUCAUUAUUUCCAACCAGAUCAGAGUUUGCGUGUUUUCUGUCUUUUCUAGCCAGUGAAAUAUGUGGUGAUUAGUUCUCUGAGGUUAUGUUCACUGCAUCUGUUUCUACACUUUUCGGGCGUCGGCCCAAGAAAUGUGAGGAUUACUGGAGGUCAUAUUUCAUUUUUAAUUACUACUUAAUUGAGCCCCGGAUUUUUGAGUUUUUUUCCCCUUUGCUUUGACUUAAGAUGGAAUUCAUGGGUUCCCAUUUUAGCAAAUUAUGUAAAUUUGCUUUGGUGCCAUUUAAGGGUCAUUGUACUAUAGAAUGCUAUAGGAGCUGCUGUUUAAAAUGUAUCCAUUCUGUAGUCAUGUCUGAGGCCAAAAGGACUUUUGAGUGCUUCUUUGCAGUGUUUCUCCUUGCUGGAACAUCAGCUGUCUUUGAAGUUGGGUGUGGCGAGCAGCUCCCCUGGCUGGGCAGGAGACUGUCCUGCAGAGGAGACCAUGGACUUCAAAAGGCCUGGAGAAGGGAGAAGCAUAUGCUAAAUAAGGCGGUGGCUCUCACUGCAGGCAUCAAAGCAAAUUUAUGAUGUGUUCCUUGUCCCUUCUGUGAACACAGAAUAGAAACCGGAGAACUUGUUUUGCAUAAAGGAAUAUAUCAUUCGGGUGCAAAGAGGAAUUUCUGUAGAAAACAGCUGGCAGAUUGUGAGGAGAUACAGUGACUUUGAUUUGCUGAACAACAGCUUGCAGAUUGCAGGCCUAAGUCUACCUCUUCCUCCCAAAAAAUUGAUUGGUAACAUGGAUCGUGAAUUCAUAGCUGAGAGGCAGAAAGGUCUUCAGAACUAUCUCAACGUUAUCACCACAAAUCAUGUCUUGUCUAAUUGUGAGCUGGUUAAGAAGUUUUUAGAUCCAAACAACUAUUCCGCAAACUACACUGAGAUUGCCUUACAGCAAGUUUCCAUGUUCUUCCGAUCAGAACCAAAGUGGGAGGUGGUAGAACCAUUGAAAGACAUAGGUUGGAGAAUAAGGAAGAAAUAUUUCUUGAUGAAGAUUAAAAAUCAGCCAAAGGAACGGCUAGUGUUAAGCUGGGCUGACCUUGGUCCCGACAAGUAUCUGUCAGAUAAAGAUUUUCAGUGUCUAAUCAAACUUCUGCCUUCCUGUUUGCACCCUUACAUCUAUCGGGUCACCUUUGCCACAGCUAAUGAAUCCUCAGCAUUGCUUAUUAGGAUGUUUAAUGAAAAAGGAACUUUGAAGGACCUGAUCUACAAGGCAAAACCAAAAGACCCAUUCCUAAAGAAGUACUGCAAUCCUAAGAAGAUCCAGGGCCUUGAACUCCAGCAAAUAAAAACAUAUGGGCGGCAAAUAUUAGAGGUACUAAAGUUUCUACAUGACAAGGGAUUCCCUUAUGGGCAUCUGCAUGCCUCCAAUGUGAUGCUAGAUGGUGACACUUGCCGGCUGCUAGACCUUGAGAAUUCUUUAUUGGGCCUUCCUUCCUUCUACCGAUCCUAUUUCUCACAGUUCAGGAAAAUCAAUACAUUGGAAAGUGUGGACGUCCACUGCUUUGGCCACUUACUGUAUGAAAUGACUUAUGGACGACCGCCAGACUCAGUGCCUGUAGACUCCUUCCCUCCUGCACCGUCUAUGGCUGUGGUGGCCGUGUUGGAGUCUACGCUGUCUUGUGAAGCCUGUAAAAAUGGCAUGCCUACCGUCUCCCGGCUCUUACAGAUGCCGUUAUUCAGUGAUGUUUUACUAACCACUUCUGAAAAGCCACAGUUUAAGAUUCCCACAAAGUUAAAAGAGGCAUUGAGAAUUGCCAAAGAAUGUAUAGAAAAAAGACUAAUUGAAGAACAGAAGCAGAUUCACCAGCAUCGAAGACUGACAAGAGCCCAGUCUCACCAUGGAUCUGAAGAAGAGAGGAAAAAGAGAAAGAUUUUAGCUCGAAAGAAGUCAAAACGGUCUGCUGUUGAAAAUAGUGAAGAGUAUUCAGCAAAAUAUAGCAACUCCAAUAAUUCAGCAGGAUCUGGGGCCAGCUCACCUCUCACAUCCCCGUCAUCACCGACUCCACCCUCUACAGCAGGGAUGUCCGCAUUACCUCCACCGCCUCCGCCUCCGCCACCAGCAGCUCCCUUGCUUCCUGCGAGCACAGAGGCGCCUACACAGCUUCCGCCCCAGGCUGUGAAUGGUGUGAGCCGAGGGGCCUUACUCAGCUCCAUCCAGAAUUUCCAAAAGGGAACUUUGAGGAAAGCCGAAACCUGUGAUCACAGUGCUCCUAAGAUCGGCUGAAGAUUCAUGUUUACACUUGGAGGGAAAAGUUCUUUAUUUUUUCCUCCCACCUCCAGCCCCUACAGCACUCUUUUUCCGGAUGAACAAUUGCUGAGCCAGUAAAGCCACAUACUGUUUUGCAGAUGCUCAUCUAAGAGGCUUCUCAAGAGGGAAAUAUCCAAGUAGAAUAAAGUCAGGCUGGCGUUUCUGCCUUAAGAAAUAAUUCGCUCCUUUAUUACCAUUUUAAAGGAGUCUUGUUCAUCCUCUAAUGGGCAUCUUUUGGGGGCAGCAGCAUAUUGGAGUCAACAUUUGCACCAACUUAAGGAAAUGGACAGAAAAACAAUGACAAUAUUCACUCCCAGCAGUGAAUGACCUUUGUGUUGCGAUCCCUCCCAUCCCAUCAGACACUCCCAGAAAUAUUCCCCUCAUAGUUCAUUUCUCUAUAUAAAGCAUUUUCUGGUUAUUUCUUAGAUUAAUUCCCAUUCUUGCUACUUUAUUUCCUCUUAGACAUUAACACCGUAGCCCACAGCAUAGUUACGUCAUGGAGUCAGAGAAGCAACUGAGUUCAUUUUCCACUCAAAUAGACGGGGCCAAGUCCAUAACAUUCUCUAGGUUCUAACAGGAAUACUGCUGUGGUUACAGAACUCAGGGCUGCUAAGGCAACCACUCUAGACUCACGGUUCCUUUGAGUUUGAGUGUAUUGAGACAGAUGUUAACAUCAGGAAAAGCUCUUGCCAAUUAGAGGACCUUCUUAAUCCUCAGCAAUAAAGUUUAAGUUUGUGGUUGGGGGGGGUGGGUUACUAUUACAACAAAAGUAAAUUUGGCAUCCAUAGAAAUCAGUUCUGAUUUUUGAAAGAUUUGUCCAAAUAUAUCAUUUUUUUAACAUUACUCAUUUAUUAGAUCCUUUAUCCUACAAUUUGCUUAAACCCUUAAAUUGCACUUUAAAGGAUUAUAAGUAAUCCAUUUAAAAAUUCAAAUACACACAUCAGUGUUGGUUACUAUGCAGAGAGAAUGUCAUUGUGUAUAGUUUCAUUUAAUCUGUGACAAAUGUUCAGCUGUAUUUUUUAUUAAAAUAAACUAUGUCAAGAAAA